AUGACUGGACCGAAAAUGACAUGCCAUAACAUGCAAUGGAAUGUCUCCCCGGCAUUCGGCUUCUCGAUGUUCAUCUCCCAUGUCCCCCACCUGACUGACGACAACGGCGGCAUGGCAUGGCUGAUCCUCGCACUUGGGAUGUCUGCAGUCCACCGCCUCGCCUUGCUGCCGUCCUUGGCAUUAGGUUGA